AUGUCGGAAGCACCUCAGUCACCGCCGCAACAGCAGCAGCAGCAGCAGCCGCCUCAGCAGGAGGGCCAACCACAGAUCAACUUGAUGCCUGCAGGCCUCCAGCCCGGCCAGCAACCCACUCCCGAGCAGAUCCAAGCCAUGCAGCGUCAACUGGCCAUCGAGGCGCAAAAGAACGGCAUGACAGUCCCGCAAUAUGUCGAGCAACUCAAGGCUCAGGCUAUGCGCCAACACAUGCAGCAGCAGCAAAUGCGCCAGCAACAAAUGCAACAACAGCAGAUGCAGCAACAACAGCAGCAGCAGCAACAACAGCCCAUCACUCCCGGUCCUCCCAAACCCGAGGCCAUCGCCGUUGCCAACUUUCUCCAAAGCCAGGACCUCAAGGUCCGCACUUGCGUCUUUCAGGAGAAGCGCAAGGAUAUGUUCAAAGUCAAGCGUGCAAUCCGUGCUCUCGAAUCACCCGCCUACGAAAAGGCUCGCGCAAAGAAUCCCCUCCUACCUGCCGUCACCGAUCGCGCAAGUGCCGAAAACACAUUCAAGCUGCUCCCGCUAUCUCUGCUUGCCCUCCGUGUGUCAAAGAUCGAACAGCCAGCCGAGCAGCAAAAGAAGAAGCGCGUCAAAGGUCUCUGGACGGUCAAGGUUGAGCAGCAGCAAGAGGCACGCGACGAAUUCCACUACGUCUGGCUAUAUGAGGGUGCUCAGUGGAAGACCAAGCUCUACGCUGUUGGUGCUCUCGCCCUGAUUCUCGCCAUCGUCUUUUUCCCCGUCUGGCCCUACAAACUGAUUCUAUUCCUCGUCACCAUGUUCACGGUACCUCCUGGUCUCUGGCUUUACCCCAACCUCUUCGAGGACGUAGGCUUCUUCGAUUCGUUCCGCCCAGUAUGGGGCUGGCAGGAGACUGCAGAUGACAAGAAAGCAAAGAAGGAACAGAAGAAGGCAAAGAGAGAGGCCAAGCGUUUGGCAAAGACGGGUGGUGAAAAGCUUGCCGAAAUGGGCGAGAGGGUGCAAGAAAUCUUGGACGAUGGCCAUGGUCAUGACGGACAUGUACACAAGGAGGACAUCUCGGGACCCAUCAUGCAGCCUACUGCCGAGGGCACGAGUACUUCUGGAGCACAGGCUACAGAGGGCCAGGCUAAGCAGCGCAUCAUGGCUGCCAGCGUUGAGGAGACUGAGGACGAGUAG